AUGUACCAUGAGCGGAGCCCAGAGUUUUAUGAAUCUGGAUGGGCAGAUAUCGUUGCAGGACGGAGUCUCAACCUCGACACUAUCCACACCAUCAUUACCACUUCACGCGCCGUUGACAAGCAUACCGAGGCCAUCGGAGAUGUUGAGUUCACCUACGGAGUGUCAGAAACGGCCCCAAAGAAGAUUGCCACACAGGGACAAUGGAAUGCGGCGUGGAAUAGAGCAGCGCGUGCCCUCAAGUUCGCUUUCCCUUUCCGACAGGCUGAACUUGACGCCUACGCAGAACAUAUCAAUGAACAAUUCGACCAACAAUCGGAACUCUCUCAUGGACGAGUCCUCCGGUACGACAAAGCAGUUAGAUUCAGGGUCGGAAAUUCUUGCAAAUAUGAACUGUCCGACUUCGAAUGUUUCAAAGACAUCUACAGUGCACAUUUCUCCGCUGGAGGAAGGAUGCACAAUGACACCGGUGAAUCUAGCAAACCCGGAGGACGGGAAUCUACUGUUAAACGCGAACCGUGCCGCAAAUGGAACACUGGAGAAUGCACACGCAGCGCAGCCACCUGCCGCUUUGCCCAUGUCUGCAACGUUGAGCAAGACGGCCGGGUUUGUGCCCGCCGUCAUGUCAAAGCGAAGCAUACUGAGGACACAAAGUCCAAAUCUACCUGA